AUGGAAAGACUCCAACGUUUAUUCGGAUCUGCCGCAGCUGGUUUAGGACAGGGAAUGCAACCCGGCAUGGAUACUCCUACUGUAGAUAAUGCUGAAAUGGUUUACAUUUCGUCUCUUGCUCUCUUAAAGAUGUUGAAGCACGGCCGUGCUGGUGUUCCAAUGGAAGUGAUGGGUUUGAUGUUGGGUGAAUUUGUUGAUGAUUAUACCGUUCGUGUUAUCGAUGUGUUUGCCAUGCCUCAAAGUGGUACUGGCGUAUCAGUUGAAGCUGUUGAUCCUGUCUUUCAAACCAAGAUGUUGGACAUGUUGAAGCAAACUGGAAGACCUGAAAUGGUUGUUGGCUGGUACCAUUCCCAUCCUGGUUUUGGCUGUUGGUUAUCCAGUGUCGAUAUCAACACACAACAAAGUUUCGAGCAAUUGAAUCCUCGUGCUGUCGCUGUCGUCGUUGACCCCAUUCAAUCCGUCAAGGGCAAGGUUGUCAUUGACGCCUUCCGUCUCAUCAACCCACAAACCGUCAUGCUUGGACAAGAACCUCGUCAAACCACCUCCAACAUUGGCCACCUAAAUAAGCCCUCUAUUCAAGCCCUGAUUCACGGCUUAAACAGACACUACUACUCAAUUGCCAUCAACUACCGCAAAAACGAAUUAGAGGAAAAGAUGCUGCUCAACUUACACAAGAAGGAUUGGACAGACGGUUUAACACUGGAGAACUUUACUGAGCACACUGAAGUCAAUGAAAAGAGUGUUUCCAACAUGUUGACAUUAGCAGAAUCAUACAACAAAUCCGUUCAAGAAGAAUUGACAAUGACACCUGAGCAACUCAAGACAAGGCACGUAGGCAAACAAGAUCCUAAGCGUCACUUGGAAGAUAAGGUCGAAUCUGUUAUGGGCAACAAUAUCGUUAUGGCUUUAGGUACUAUGAUUGAUAGUGUCAGUUUUUAA